AUGGGGGCCAAUGCUAGACCAGAGUCGUUUCAUGAUAUCAUGCGUUACCAUUGUGAACUACUCAUCAAUCCUCUCAAGUGGACUUCGCGUCACCUUGAUCUAGUGGGAUGUCGAUUCCAGGAUGUCGGAAUUCCUCCUGUCAACACAGAAUCUACCCAAAACAACCACAGGAACAAUGGCGGUCCAAAACCUUGCUCGACACCACCAAGCGAUGCUGAAGAAAUUGCUAUGAAUGUGUCCCCUCCUAUCAAACUUCGUAGUCUCAUCAACAUUUUGAUUGGCGAAGAGGGCCCUUUUGCCUAUACUAGUAACGGAGCUCCAUUCUAUUUUCAAGAUGGGGUUGCUCACCGACCAAACUAUAUCAUCUUUCAUCGUCGUGAAGAACCCGCUGAUGACAUCCAUAAGAGCUCACCCCCGUUGGUAGGCUAUGUACAUUACACAAGCAUCAACGAAGAUCGCCGGCGACAAUUCGAGCCUUGCCCAGGGCCAAGGGGCGUUUUCAACUCCGUUGGAGCAAAUAUCUGUCAGAAGCGACUAGCUCAGACAACCCCGAAGGAAUGGACCGAAGAUCCGUAUUUCAUAUGUCACUUAUUGGCUCUUGCACAGUUUCAAGAGUUCAAGCUCGACUUGUCAGAACCAAGUACUUACACCUCGCGUCUUCUCGUCACCAAUGUAUUAGAUCGAGAUUGCAUGAUGUUUUACGAGGCCCAGAUCACUACCGAACUUCUGGAUGGGCUUACGGAUCCGAGGGACGCAACGAGUCCUCUGGACUGGCCUACAGUUCGGCGUAAAAGGGUUUCAUAUAAGCCUUAUCAUACAUUUGCUAGCCGACUUGUUGCCGAGAUAGUGGCGCCCAGUCCCGUUCCCUCCAGUGACCAUUUGGGUCCAUAG